AUGUCUAGAUCUAUCUAUCUAUCUAUCUAUCUAUCUAUCUAUCUAUCUAUCUAUCUAUCUAUCUAUCUAUUGUGCCUUAUUAUCUAUCUGUAUAUAUCAUACACCAAGUCUAUGAAUCGUGCGUGCGUCAUUCGACGGGCGCAUAAUGAUUUGAAUUUCUUUCUACCUCUCUUUUUUCACCUCUUACUCUUUCUACCUCUCUCACUUCCCACCUCUCUUUUUUCACCUCUCCCUUUUUCCAUAUCUCUCGUUCCACCUCUCUCUUUCCACCUCUCUUUCUUGCCAGCCCCUCUCUCUUUCCACCUCACUUUUUUCACCUCUCUCUUUUUCCAUCUCUCUCUUUCCACCUCUCUCUCUUUCCACCUCUCUUUUUUCCCCUCUUACUUUUUUCAUCACUCUAUUUUCACCUCUCACUCUCUCCACCUCUCUCGUUCCACCUCGCACUCUUUCCCCCCUCUCUUUCCCCCUCUCUCACUUCCCACCUCUUUUUUUUCACCUCUCUCUUUCCACCUCUCUCUUUUUCCAUCUCUCUCUUUCCACCUCUCUCUCUUUCCACCUCUCUUUCUUCCCCUUUUACUUUUUUCCUUUCUCUAUUUUCACCUCUCACUCUCUCCACCUCUCUCGUUCCACCUAGCACUCUUUCCCCCCUCUCUUUCCACCUCUCUCACUUCCUCUCUUUUUCCAUCUCUCUCUUUCCACCUCUCUCUCUUUCCACCUCUCUCUCUUUCCACCUCUCUUUCUUCCCCUUUUACUUUUUUCCUUUCUCUAUUUUCACCUCUCACUCUCUCCACCUCUCUCGUUCCACCUCGCACUCUUUCCCCCCCCCCUCUUUCCACCUCUCUCACUUCCUACCUCUCUUUUUUCACCUCUCUCUUUCCACCUCUCUUUCUUGCGACCUCUCUCUCUCUUUCCACCUCUCUUUCUUACGACCUCUCUCUCUCUUUCCACCUCUCUUUCUUGCGACCUCUCUCUCUUUCCACCUCUCUUUUUUCACCUCUCUCUUUUUCCAUCUCCCUCUUUUCACCUCUCUGUUAUUGA